AUGUCCUCCAGAUCAAUCAUGACACUAAUGCCCAGAGACUUACCCAAGUUGGUUACAACUACGUCAACUUCAACGACACCAACCACAAAUCCACAAUCAAGCACAAGAGCAACUUCAACCUCGUUAUCAAAUACAGCUGCUACAACAAGUUCACCGGGUUCUAGUCACGCUUUUCCAAGUUUGAGUACCUCCUCUUCCACCUCCACUUUACUCACAUCGAGCAUAACACCCCCCUCUGCUAAAGACAAUCCAUUUAUUAUAAAUAAUGGGAAAAACGUUAACGGUACUGUAUUCAUUAUUGUGGGAUCCGUUUUGGGUGCUGUUUUCGCCAUUCUUUCACUUUGGUGGGGGAUAACCACUUACCUUUCUUAUAGAACUGCUCAUCGCCAAUCUAUUCUUACAGAGAAAUAUAAUGCUCCAUAUAAUAUUCAAAAGGUGGUUUCCAAUGAUUCAGAUUAUUCCGUGGAGAUUGAUACUGAAAAGGGAUUGGAAAAGCCUUCCAAUAAAGCCUCUCCGAUUGUAAGUCAAGAAAGUAAGGAAUUAUUGAAAAGAAGUAGUUUCCUCAGUGGCUUUUAUGAUUCAUUCGAAGAUUCAGUAUUGGAUACUCCUAUAAGUAAUAACAAUGUAAGAAAUUCACUUUUCGUUUCUCCCACUGAAUUAAUUCAAAUGCAACGUCAUGUACCUAUGAGUUUCCCACAUUUUGACGAAUCUGCCAUUUCAGUAAUUUCUUCAAUGUCAAACACGAAAAGCAAUAGUAAUAAUAAAAUUGAUGUUAAAUUACAAAAACCAGAAAAGGCAAUCACCCCAGAAAGAUUAAAGAGAAAUUCUGGCAUUUCACAACAUAGUGAGUACAAUAGUAAUAAUAAUAGUGGGAACGUAACACCUCCAAUAACAAGACCAGUAUCAAUGAAUCCCAGAAGGAAAUUUACACCUUCAAUGUAUUUAGACAGUUUAGGUGAGAACGAUGUUUAA